AUGAACCCUGAUUAUGAGCAGUCACAAGUGUUAGAUGUUGAUGAAGGCCAACAUUACUCAAAGAGUAUUGUACCAUUUAUAAGGUCACAAGGCAAACAAAGUCAUGUCAUUCAAAAGGAAGUGGUGAAUCAUGAAAUUGAAACUCAAGAAGAAGUGAUCACUAGUGCAGUUGAAACUGAAGAACCAUUGGGAACUUACCAUGUACAGGAACCAAGUUGCCAAGCUAAUGAUGGAGCUAAUACUGCAACAGUUGAUGAUUAUGAACCAUUUAUAGAGGAUUACUCACUUUAUGUUGAUUAUGAUGCUGAGUUUAAUGUUGAAACUUCAUUUGAAAAACAACCAGAAGUGGAUUAUCUAGAGGGUAUGGUGAGUGAUGAUAGUGGAGAAGCUUUCUACUCUGAGAGUGGCCAUGGUUCUGAUUCUGAGGAUAGUGGAGAUGAUUCUGAUGACAGUGAAUACAAUGUGGAUGAGUCUAACAUACAAUUUGAUGUAGAUGUAGACAUGAGUGAAUUCCAUAAUGUUGUUGAUGUAGAUGAACAUGGAAUCUUGAACAAUCAUUCAAAAGAUGAAGGGAUUGACAUGGUUGAUGAUGAGUUUGAAGUUAUUGCCACUGAUGAUUAUCAAUUUGUAGGAUUUCAUGAAGAUGAUAGGAAGAGACUGCUAAAAGAGUUGAGUAAGUCAAGUACAUGCUCACAUGGAGAGGUUCAUGUUAAACCAUUUCAGAUUGGCCAGGUCUUCAAAACCAAGAUUGAUGUUAAAAACUACAUGAACUCACAUGCUGUAGCAACAAGGAGGUCUUUAUACCUAGCCAAAAAUGACAAAAUCCGGAUUAGGGUGAAAUGUAAAGGUGUUGUAAGUAAGCCUUCUACAGGAGUUGAUGGUGGUGGGCCCUCAACUAGAAGUAGGGCAAAGUGCAAGGGUAAAGAUGUAAUUGCCAAUAAAGGAUGA